AUGGGAAGGAACGUGGGGAAGGAGCUCAUGCGACCAUCGAAGAAGAGACCAAAUGGAAUGCGACACUCGGAGAAUGAUACCAUUUACGAAAUUGAACGGCAGAUUGGCGAUAACCUUUCUGUUCUUUUGUUUUCGGAACACGCCAUCGGAGAUAAGAUAAUAAUUCAGAGCGGGCACCCUCCAGAACUGAAUAAUGCUCUCACUACACCCCAUACACCUACUUUGAUAUUUGUCCAAUUCAUGGUUCUAGACGCAGCUUGCUUAUACUGCGGGAUAGCUGUUUCGGUUACAGCUCUCAAUAAUAUCGUCCGAAAUCAAGAAGACCCGAAGACGGCAAUGCAUCACCUAUCACGUGCUUUCCGCUUGAUCAAUAGCAAAUUAUCCGGGAGUGACGCUGUAGCCGACACCACUAUUGCGGUUGUGAUGGCUACGGAUGUGCUUUCUGGCCGUACGGUCGAUUACUGCGUUAUUGAUAAAUUCGAAAGGCAUUCUUUUGAUAUGUCUUCAAAUUCCAAUCAACUCAGUCACGGAAAAGACUUCUUGGGACUAGAAACGAUAAAGGGAUUGGUUCGAGAAUCAGAUUAA